AGUCAACAUUUGGGGUGGCAGCUGACGCGGUAAGCACCACGCGAUGGGCAGGCAGCCCGAGCCAGGCCGCCAUCGCUGAAGUCGUCAACGCGUGGAGAAGACGACGCCGACGAGCCACCCAGGCAACUACCACGGCCUCGCCCUCUACGCGACAGCAGCCUUCCACCCGGCGUCGCUCCCUUAGCAACGCCCGCCAGCGUGUUAGGCUGCCAAGAAGUGAAUAAACAAACGAGCCAAGCAUCUUCGAUGGUGGUAACAGCAUGCUAUGAUUGGCGAGGACAGUUUUGAUGGUAGCAGUGGCAUCCCGUUGUCGCCUGUCAGCCGCCACGUCCGCAGCGCGGCACGGCACGACGUUUCCGAGCGCGGCGCGAUAAUAGGCAGCCACCACAAAAUAGCGGCGAGCAAAAGCGGCAAACGGAGACGAGGAAAGGAGGCUCGCCGUUCCCCACCGGGUGCUGUUCCGGAAUCCAAUCUCUCCCUCUCCAGGUUUUCGAUUUCGAUCCGGUAAGGGGGGCGAGCGCGCGAUGGCGACGUCGUUCGACCGAUGGGAGAAGGACCCCUUCUUCCCCGCCGCCGAGGAGGUCCAGGAGUCAGCCGAUCGGAUGGAAUCGGUGUAUAGGAUAUGGGUGCAGGAGAGGAGCAGAGGCGAUCCGGGGGCAGCGGCCGUUGGCGGAGAGCUUGCUGCCGGCGAGCUUCGGCGCGAGCUUCACACGGCGCUCGGCACCGCCAAGUGGCAGCUUGAUGAAUUGGAGCGUGCAAUUAGAUCAAACGAUAAGGUUAUCUCGGCCGGGAAGGAUACAAGAGCUAGGCAUGAUGACUUCGUUGCAGCAAUUGGCUAUCGCAUAUUAGAGGUUGAGAACAACUUGAAAGAAUCCAAUGCUGCAGAGGGGAAGGGCCCGCUAAGUUGGGUUCAUUUGGGUGAGGAUGAACGGGAUGACCUUGCGGCUUUCUUAUCUGCCGUUCCUCUUCAACAGAGAGACAAUGUGGUCACAAUUCCUUCUGUGGGUGAUAUCGAAGUUGGAGGCAAUGCAACAAGGGUGAAAAAAGAUAUUUCAGCUGACAGCUCCAAGGAUUCAUCUGGCUCCACAGAUCUGUGUCCAGGGAGAGUGAAGGAAGAUUUGCAUCGUGGGCAUAGAAGGGCAGCUAGUGCCAGUGCUGAUAUUGGAUCAUGGAGUAUGUCGAUUCCUAAUGAAUGUGAGGGAGCUGUGGAUCAAUCAUCUGAUGGCCCACACAAAGUACCUCUGCUGAAGAUACUGAAAACUUGUGCAUUGACGAGUGCCUUGCAAUCUAAGCCUAGAAUGAAGUGCAAAAGUGGAGCUGUGAGGUGGGCAGGUGUUGACCAACAAGAUGCCGAAGAGGCCAUCCCUCUAAGAAGUUCUCAGUUGAGUCAGGGCUUAGAUGGAUGCUUUGAAAGGAACAAGAGUUGCUUAAGUACCUGCAAUGAGGGUACAUACAAUAAGAAACUUUAUGGUUGGCUUGGAGCCCUUCACAGACAACUUCAGAGAUCUCAGUAUCAAAUUCGAUAUGGGCAUCCUGUUCAAAUGAUUGUUUUAGCACUUGCUGCUCUUGUAAUAUUUGUGUGCGUAUUGAGGACAAUUUGGUGACUAUUUUUUAUUGGCUGGUUACAAGCCUCACCGGAUCAGCAGCUUGUAAGGUACCAAUCGUUGACUGUUAUGUAACUUUUGGUCAACAGCCUGAGGCAUGCACAUAUGGCAACCACGGCAUACUGUUUCUGGUGCUCAAGCCUCAAAGGUGAAAUGCAUGUAGAAUGGUCAGAUUACAGCAACUUAUCUCGCUACAUCUCAAGUUCAGUCUGCUCAUCAUUAGAUAUGCACCGCACCAUGCAUUGCAUGCAUGAUGAUGCACCUCAAGAUCUCAAUUCUCAUGAUAGCCAGUUGAUGCCUAUGUAAUGGUGUGGUAUAGAUUAGUGGUGCACUGUACUGGUGACGAUGCAGCUAUAAACUGAAAUGCGCUUGUAUCAUGCGCUGAUGCUUUUGCGUUUGUUGCCUGACUUGGAAGAGUGAUGAAUUUUUGUUGUGAGACUUGCCAGCUGAACUGUCGCAGUUACUUUAUCAGAUUUACACCUGAAUUAGAAGCCUGGCAGUCCUAUUUGUUUGUACACUGAAAUUAGAAUCAAGUGUCAAGCAUUGUCCAACUGCCAUAUUUUGUCGAUUGUGCAGAAUGGCAUAUUGCUCUUGCAAAAUUACAAUGAAGGGGAAUUUUUGCAGCACGUUCUAA